ACAAUCCCGACUGCCAGUGUAAGUGUAGCUUCCAGCCCGCUCGGCGCGCCGACUCCGAGCUUCAGCUCCAGUCGUGGCUCGCGGCUCUCUCCGAUUUCUCCGUCUGAUCUGGUCUUCGGGGACGUACGAUUCGGAGCGCGAAGUCGAGAAGACGAAAUCGCGACGCGUUCCGUUCCGUUCCCUCCGCUCGCCGGGAAUCUCGGAAUGGAGGAGGAAGAUCUCCGGCCAAUUCGCUCGCUUCGCCGGCCGCCGGACGUGAUGGUGGAACCGUCGAGGCUCGCGCGUUCCCCGUCGCGCUUGCGCGUCGCGAUUGCACUUGCGGUGGUUUGGGGAGCGAUCGGAGCCGCUUCCGUCGUCGUGCCGAGCACCAACUGCUACGCGCUCGAUAAUACCAGCCGCCUCGUUGAUUUCAGUAGCUGGAUUGGCCAUGUGUUCGAAUACGAGGAGAAGGAAGAAGACUUGGUGGUCCGGUUUUGCAAAGAUGUGGAGACUCGGUCCAAUCUGGGCUUUGUGGCUUUUGGUCGAUUUGACAAGUUCAAUCACUUUACUGCUGGUUCAGGACAUAUCGAUUUUGUUCAACGCUUUUACAAUGGUGACCUGAGAAAUUGUGAGAAGAGCUAUGACAAAAUGGGACGGACAGCUCAGGUGAAUAUAAUUUGCGGGAGUUGUUCAAAAAGCCAAUGCAAAGGUGAACUUGGAUGCAUAUGCAAUGUUACCUACGAGUCUACGUGCAGAGUUCUCGUAGAACUUGCCAUUCCAUGUGAGGAUCAGGGUCCUCGGGUGUUUGAGGGAUUUACUGUUGGUUUUCAUCCACGGUCUUGGGAAAUUGUUUAUAAUGGCCUGACUCAGCCUGGUUUUGAGAAAUCUUAUCCUGAUUUCAGUUUUAGGUCAGAGCAGACCCAUGUAGCCCUUUACAUGACUGCUAUCAGUUCCCACUCUAAUUUGGUGCAAAAACCUAUUGUCAAGGUUUUCCCAGAAAACGGAUUGGAUGUCAAGUUAUCUGGAUCAGCGAUGACAGGCAGAUAUCCCACAACUUUGUCUCCAACAACUCUAAUUUUGGACUGGAGAUGUGAGACACCCCGUGAUUCUCCAUAUGAAGUUGAAAUCACGGUACCUGUGGACAGUUAUGAACCUGUUCAUUUUACACUUUCCAAAAUAUGUGAACAUAGGCAGGACGCAGGAGGAGAUGCUGUAGGAGGAUGGGCUGUAUUUGGGAUCCUAUCUUGCAUAUGCAUUAUUUUGUCAACUGUGCUCUGCAUUGGAGGGUUUGUCUACAAGGUACGGGUGGAACAUCAGCGUGGACUUGAUGCAUUGCCCGGUAUAACCAUUCUAUCUGCUUGCCUAGAAACUGCGAGCGGUGGGAGGAGCGGUUAUUCGCGAGCAGAGGAAAUAAACAGUGCCUUCACUAAUCAAGCCUCUUGGGAACAACCACAGGAUUAUGACUAUGCAGCAAAGAAAUCAAGUGGAAGGGCAUAUGGUUCGUUUAACCGUAUUCACUAAGUCCACAAAUUGUAUAUUGUGCGACCUGUUUUUCUUCUCUUAGUAACACGAAGUAAAUGAUUUGUCAAUAUCUUUUCUCAUCACAAAAUUCAAGCAUGAUCGCUUUGAGUUUGUAUCUCGAGUGUGUUCAAAAUUUCUCUCUCUUCCAUUCCA